AUGGCGCAUCUACACUUCAGCGUUCUGCUCUUUUUCUGGUUAAUUCUGCACUGCCAUGGAGCCGAACGAACCAAAAACCGAGCCAUCCGACAGAAGGACCCCGAAUACGUAGAGAAAUACUCCAGCUGCAUGCAGGGUCCAACAGGCAUCCCGGGCAGAGACGGGAAUCCAGGAGUCAACGGCAUCCCGGGGACGCCCGGAAUCCCAGGACGAGACGCUGCCAAAGGCGAGAAAGGCGAGUGUAUAAGUGAAAGAUAUGAGGAGCCGUGGGUGCCCAACUACAAACAAUGUGCCUGGAACGCGCUCAACUACGGAAUCGACCUGGGAAAAAUUACAGAGUGCACGUUCACUAAGCUACGUUCGGACAGCUCUCUGCGCGUGCUCUUCAGCGGUUCUCUCAGACUCAAGUGUAAGACGGCAUGCUGCCAGCGCUGGUACUUCACCUUUAACGGAGCAGAAUGUUCCGGCCCACUGCCCAUUGAGUCCAUUAUCUAUCUCGACCAAGGGAGUCCUGAGCUCAACUCUACUUUGAACAUCCACCGUACCACAUCAGUUGAAGGUCUGUGCGAGGGCAUCCGGGCUGGCCUGGUGGACGUGGCCAUCUGGGUUGGCAUGUGCGGCGACUACCAGCACGGCGACGCCUCCACCGGAUGGAACUCGGUCUCCAGGAUCAUCAUCGAGGAGCUGCCUAAAUGAUCGGUCACUGUAAACACUUUGUCAGUGUGGUGACCCCUGGCAGCGGUGGUUCACCCUGGCCAGACCAGCCGUUACUGGAAACGGAGACACCCCCCAGUCCGGGUACCAGUUUAUUUUACUGUAUUAUGUAGCCUAAAAAAUUUGAAAUUGUGCCUUUUUUACUUACCUUUUGUACUGUAGUCAAACGUACUGUAGGUUUAGCAUUGUAGAGGAUUUUUAUACAUUUUGUACUAUUUUUUAUCAUGGUUUACUAGUCACAAAGGUUUUCUAGCCUUUAAAUUCAUGUGUUGAACACAUUGUAGUUUAAUUGUCUGACGACGUUUGCUAGGUAAGCAAUAGUAUUGCACAUCCUUAGGUUAUACACAUGAGAACAGAGUGUGUGACCAGUUAUUCUCAAACUUUUGGCAUGUUAAAAAUAAAAUUGCCUCCAUUAUUUUCAUACAGUUUUGCAUGAAAAUGUUUUAUUUCUUGAAGGUAAAAAUGUAAAUAGUUACCAAGUGAACCAAACCAGCUAUCAGAAGCAUUUGGUUGCAGUUCUUGCUGUUAAUGUGAU